AUGAUCAUCCUAAAUCGCGCCCGGCCGCAAGAAGACGACGAUGCCCGGCUGAGAGAAAUUAGGUCCAAAGUAAGCGAGCUGGGCCACUCGAGCAACUCAAAGUCAUUACUGCAGAAAAACAACAGACGCAAGAAGAAAGCGAAACGCAACAUGCAAGUGUUUUAUGUAUCAGAGCUCUCCUCGGAAUCGGAAGCCUCAGACAACGAAUCUGACGUGCGGCGGCUGGAGAAAGCUGCCAAAGUAGCGAUGGAAGAUGCGCACCGCCGCGCCUGCAUCGAAUCCGCCACUCUCAGGUCUUCCUCCAGCGCGAAUACGCCGACGAGCUAUGCGCCGUCGACGCUAAACCAAAUGAACCUGGCCGAGUUGGGCAACCAUCACCUCUUGCUGGAGAGACGCAUUGCAGAGCUCAACGACGAACUAGCAAGGCCCAUUCCGAAUUCGGGAGGGGCCACCGCUGACGUCAAUCGACGACCACAGUGCUAG